UUCGAGUCAGUAGUCAGAAGAUAUAACUUCAUUGAUCAUAAACAAAACAAGGAAGUAUUUGAAACACUAUUUAUAUGAAAGAAUUCAUGUAAGUUCCGCGCCAGUGCUACAUUUGAAUAUUGCUGACUAAAAUGGAUUAUUUGGUAAAUAAUUCAGUUACUGAAUAUACUUGCAAGUAUACCAUGUCAUCAUCGGCUAAAUCUGUAGACAGUUUACUAUUCUAUGAGCGACAUCAGUUUAUCAUAACAGAACCAUGGCUAGCUAUACCGUGUAUAAUCAUAUUGCUAAUUGCUAGUGUUGCUGGAACAUUUGGGAACAUUUUGACUCUGGUGGUUAUUGCAACAAAAACCAGACAAAGGAAUGCUGAGACAAUUUUUAUUGCUAAUUUGGCAAUAUCCGAUCUGUAUGUUACAACACUUGCACAGCCAAUGAGCAUUGUAGCCAAAGUUGAAGGCGAGGAGUUUUUCGAAAGUGUUCCAAAACUAUGUCAAGCCAUUGCAAGCAUGUGUACCAUUUCCUGUGUGACGUCACUGAUGACGAUAGGCCUGAUGAGCCUUAAUCGUUACAUCUACAUAUGUGUAAAUAAACAUUACGAACACAUAUUCACGAAAAAGAAAUGCAUAUUAAUGUGUAUGUCUGUCUAUUUUGUUGGCAUCCUUUUGGUUUCGCUGAAUGGCGCUGAAAUAGGUGAUCAUGGCUACGACCGUAAGAGCAUUGAGUGUAUUUGGGACCGUAUGGCGACAUAUCCUUACACAAUCGUGUUUUCAAUAGCACUUGUGUGGAUACCAUCGUUUAUCAUCGGAUGCUGCUAUUUUAAGAUAUUUCUUUACGUCACAUCUCAUAACAAGCGCAUGCGCGAGCAGCAGAUUUUAGGGGAAAACAAGAAUAAUAUGAAAAGCUUCCGAUUGGCUAAGACCCUCUUCAUUAUUUACGCUGUUUUCUUCACCUGUUGGGCACCGUAUGCUCUUCUAAUCGUCUUAGACUCAAACGACGACUUCCCUUACGAAUCUCAUCUGAUAAUUACUCUUUUUGCACAUCUCCAUCCAUCAGUUAACUGGAUAAUUUACUAUUUCACAAACAAAAGGUUUGCAACUUCAUAUAUGGAGGUGUUACUUCAAGUCAAACUAUGUAUUCUCUGCAAAGGCAAAUACGUUACCGACGGACAAUACGGAAGCAAGGAAUAUAUUACUGAUGGAUCUUCUUUCCCCACUUCCAGACGACUAAAGAAUGUAAUUAAAUACCAGAAUAACACGGAAACUAAAGAUUCAGGUAUUGCUAUAAGCAGCGUUAACACGACCACCUGUUAAAACAAAAUAUUUUACAUUCUACAGUACACUUAUUUAUUCUUUAAAUAAAAUGGCUACAUUUUAAAUGGUCAGAUUUGAAACUUUGUCAUUUGUUUUCAUCGUUGGAACACUAUAAAGGCAAUUUAUUUUAUGAUGUUUGGUCGUUUAAAUACAAAUGUCCAAUCAUGUUUAAAAUAAUACAUUCCAACCGUUUUCUAUCAAACAAGUUUUAAGAUUUCUACUUAGAACCGCCUUUAUAAAAAUAACUCAUAUUUAGUGAUGAUACAAUAUUUGCAUACAUGUUGGUUGUUCACCGGGAUUUCAAUUUGAGUACUUUUUUUCUUUCUUUCA